CCUUUAUUGGGCACACUUCUCCACUCAGCAGCCUCAGCUACCAUUGACCGCCUCCGUUGGACGUCGAUUGAGAAAUAUUGUGUAGAUCGGUCCAACAUUUGUAUGAAUCUCGUAAAAUGAAGCAUCAAGGGUGGUAUAUGAAGGUUGCUGCAAUUUCGGCCUUCAUCGGAGGUUCUAUGGAGUUUUUCAUGAUCAAAACCGGUUUUUAUGAAAAAGUAACAGUUUUGGAAUCAGAGAAGAAAAGUUGGGAAAAUUCAGAGGAAGCUCAGGCGAUGCGAGACGCCCUUAAUCCUUGGAGGAACCGUGAAGCACAACAAGAGAAUGAGUCUUAAAUGUUCAUUUGUUAGUGAAGGUAUGGCAACUGCUUUCAGUUGAUCAUAAAUAAGAUCCAGAUUAUAAACUUUGUUUUAAAUUGCAGACAUAGCUUUGAAUUUUCUGUGAAGAAUAGGUGUUGUUUGGUGUUCAAUUUGGAAGCAAAUUCACCCCAAGUCUUACCAAAUUGCUGAAAACCUUAUAAUGUGUUUGUCUUCUCUAGUUAGGUUCUUGAUUCUCUGUUCUCUUUGAACCAAAUUGUUGUUUAAUGUCAGCCAUUUCACUUAUAACUUUUGUCAAGAUGAUGUUGUUAGAUCUCAAAUUUCUUUGAACAUU